CGUGAGUACGCUGUGGUUUCUUGCUAGUAAUGUGUAAUUAAUUAAUUUUGUUGAUACUUAUUAUCUACUUCUAAUUGACUCUGGCAAAGGUCCUAGAGGCUGCUAUUUCUGUAAUAUAAUAUAAUGUUAUAAUGUUUUGAGUCCAUUGAAGCAUUCUUGUGCACCGCACGGCUGCCGUGAUGGACGCGAUGGACGUGAUGCACGUGUGUCACUGCUGCCUGAGGUGUCCUCCGGACAAGGACCUGACGACGCCGUACACACAUCUCGGCAAAACGGAGAUAUAUGCCGACAUGAUCAAAGAGUGCUUUGAUAUACAUCUGGUAGUGGGCGGCUCGGGCUCGUGCGGCAUCUGCUUGGCGUGCAUGGGCCGCCUGCGAAACGCGAGUGACUUCAAGCUGCAAGUGCAGCGCAGCCAGGCGGAGCUGCAGGCACUGAUUGUUAAAGCGGAGUCUGCGGUCAAAUCUGAGCUGGCUGCUGAUGGCGCGGAUGAUGAUUCUGUGUUUGACGUGUUAUAUUAUGAAGAGCCCAUACUGGUGGAGCAGUCUGAGGUCGGCGAAGAGAAGAGCAAGGAACUCAUGGAUUAUGAAGAGCCCAUACUGGUGGAGCAGUCGGAGGUCGGCGAAGAGAAGAGCAAGGAACUGAAGGAACUCAUGGAUGUAGACCCCCUCGUCAAGUCGGAGACGGAUGAUGUGCUGAGUGACGGAGACUCGUCAGCGGCGGUGUGUUUGGACGGCAGCGCCGCCCGCGCCAGGGGACAACUCGCGAUGGGUUGUUCCGUGGUGCUCGAGCGCCUCCGCGACGACGCAACAGUUCACAGUGGAGACAAAUUAUACUACUGUGAGCACUGUGGCAAGCGUUUCAGAAACAAGUUUAUUUUUAAUAAACACAUAGAACACACGCACUUUUCAUCCGGACCAAAACUAUUUGCUUGUGAUUUUUGUAAUUCUACGUUUCAGUCCAAAUUGCUUUUAAAGGAUCACGAGAAUAGCGAACAUGGUGUUUCAAAUUUCAUGUGCGCUGAAUGUGAGUAUACAACAAGUUCCAAGAAAAGGUUGGAGACUCAUUUAAAGAGUCACUCAGUUCAGAACAGUUUUAAUUGUAGUCAGUGUAGUUACACAAGUUCGUGUAAAAGUGAUUUACACAAACACCAAACAAUACACAUGGCUGGAAAACCUUUUCAGUGUAGCGACUGUGAUUUCAAAUGCAGUGUUGAAUCAAAUCUGCUACUACACCAGAAGACGCACAACCUGAGACACCGGAGAAUACUCACUGGAAAAAAGCUUCACAAAUGUAGUUAUUGCGACUACAAAAGCAGGAAUAUUACUUGCGUACGAAUGCAUGAAAGGACACAUACUGGCGAGAAGCCAUUUACGUGUAGCUACUGUGAUAAAAAAUUCAUUCAGAAACCACAUUUAUUAGGGCAUCAGAUGAUACAUACUGGUGCGAAGCCAUUUCAAUGUAGCCACUGUGAUUACAAAUGUAAUCGGAAAUCACACUUAAAAAUACACCAGAGGAUACACACUGGGGAAAAGCCUUACAAAUGUAGUCAUUGUGAUUACAAAAGCAGAAAUAGUUCAGGCUUACGAGUCCAUGAAAUGACACAUUCUGACGAGAAACCUUUUACAUGUAGCUACUGUGAUUACAAAUGCAAUCGGAAAUCAAGCUUAAAAAUACACCAGAGAAUACACACUGAAGAAAAGCUUUUCAAAUGCGGUCAUUGUGAUUUAAAAUUUAAUAAUAAAUCACUCUUAAAAACACACCAGAGGAUACACAUUGGAGAAAAGCCUUACAAAUGUAGUCAUUGCGACUACAAGUGCAGUACUGGUUCUAUGUUACGAACACAUGAAAGGAAACAUACUGGCGAAAAACCUUUUCAGUGUAGCCACUGCGAUCGCAAUUUCAGUUACAAAUCACAUUUUCAAUAUCACCUGAUGAUACAUACAGGGGCGAAGCCAUUUCAAUGUAAUCACUGUGAUUACAAAUUCAAAAGUAAAACACACUUAAAAAGACACCUGAGAAUACACACUCGACAAAAUACUUACAAAUGUAGUCACUGUGACUACAAGUCCAGUUUUAGUUCUCUGUUACGAAGACACGAAAGGAAACAUACUGGCGAGAAGCAUGUUACGUGCAGCUAUUGUGAUUAUAAAUUCACUCGUAAAUCAGACUUACGAAAUCACAUAAUGAUACAUACUGGGGCGAAGCCAUUUCAUUGUAGCCACUGUGAUUACAAAUGCAUUCAGAAAAAAAGCUUAAAAUCACACCUGAGAACACACACUGGAGAAAAACCUUACACAUGUAGUCGUUGCGGCUUCAAGUGCAGUGAGAAAUCUUCCCUACGACGUCACCAGAAAAAGCAUACUGAGACGAAGCCUAAUACCAAAGCAAUAACAAAAAGUACAGCCUGAAACAGCACCUGCGAAGACACCAGAUGAUACACGGAAGCGAAGUCAAAAGGCGACAUGCAUGUCGCCGCUACAAGAACAUGCUGCUUUCACCAAUUUUCGUACUUGCAUUGGUUUGCGCUUGUAUCUCUCGCAAUGAAACAUGUGUUAUAAAGAAUAGUGUAAUAUUGAAUUGUUUAAUAAACAAAUAAUAUUUACUCUAAGAACAAAUUAAAUUAUUUUCUAUGAAAAUAUUUUAAUUUGUGGUUUUUCAAGUAGACACACUACUAUUUAAACUAGUAAA